UGUUUACUUUGACCUUGACUUUUCGUAGUCACACUCUUCACAAAAACCAUCCUCUGUUUCAGGCCAUCGACACUAGCCACAGAGAAGAGAAACACAAAAUCAAAUUUUGUUUCCUAUAUCGGCGAUUCCCAAAGCUUCUUGAUUAGCAAAAAACACAAAUCAAGAAAUCCCAGUUAUGUCUUCUAGCGCCUCUUUCAUCUUCCUUUUUCUCAUCUCCUUUCUCACUAGCUUCAGAGAAGCUUCUGCUCAAGAUCCCACUUACAUAUACCACACCUGUCCGAACACGACAACUUUCACAAGAAACAGCACUUACUUCGCCAAUCUAAGAGCCCUUUUGUCUUCAUUCACUUCCCGCAACGCUUCGUACUCCACCGGAUUCCAAAACGCCACCGUCGGGCAAGCUCCGGAAAGAGUCACCGGACUUUUCAAUUGCCGUGGAGACGUCUCUCUGGAAGUUUGCCGUAGCUGCGUCGAGUUUUCUGUUAACGAAACCUUUACUCGGUGUCCGAACGAGAGAGAUGUCACACUCUAUUACGAUCAGUGUAUACUCAGAUACUCUAACCGGAAUAUUCUCUCAACCCUUAACACCGAUGGAGGUAUUAUCUUGUACAACACUCAGAAUGUUACAUCUAACCAAGAACGGUUCAAAGAUCUGCUUUUGUCCACACUAAGUCAAGCAGCCACCGAGGCAGCGGGGAGUUCUAGAAAAUUUGAUGGGAGAAAGGCCAAUUUAACCACGUUCCAGACUUUGUAUGGAUUUGUUCAGUGCACUCCUGAUCUGACGAGACAAGAGUGUUUGCGUUGUCUGCAACAGACCAUAAAUGGAUUACCCACUGACAAAAUUGGGGGAAGACUUGUUGUGCCGAGCUGUAGCUCAAGAUACGAGCUUUACCCAUUUUACAACGAAUCCGCCAUUACAGUACCUUCACCACCACCAACACCACCUCCGGUGUCAGCUCCUCCGCGGCGUGCGAAAGGUGGGAAUUCAAGUGUGUUAGUGAUAGCCAUUGUUGUGCCUAUUAUAGUGGCUGUUCUGCUUUUCGUAGCUGGUUAUUGUUUCCUUGCAAGAAGGGCAAAGAAGAGUUACGAUACAACAUCUGUAUUUGAUGGAGAUGAUAUCACAACCGCAGACUCACUGCAGCUUGAUUAUAGAAAAAUUCAAACUGCAACUGAUGAUUUCGCAGCGAGUAAUAAGAUUGGCCAAGGUGGAUUUGGUGAGGUUUAUAAGGGUACGUUAACGGAUGGGACUGAAGUUGCGGUGAAGAGACUAUCAAAGUCAUCAGGACAAGGUGAAGUAGAGUUCAAAAACGAGGUUGUUCUUGUUGCAAAACUGCAGCAUAGAAAUCUUGUUAGGCUUCUCGGGUUUUGUUUAGACGGAGAAGAAAGGGUACUAGUCUAUGAGUAUGUGCCUAACAAAAGCCUUGACUACUUCCUCUUUGACCCUGAAAAGCAAGGUCAGCUGGAUUGGACUCGACGAUACAAGAUAAUUGGUGGAGUUGCUCGAGGGAUUCUGUAUCUUCAUCAAGAUUCACGACUCACAAUCAUACACCGUGACCUCAAAGCAAGUAACAUUCUCUUGGAUGCGGACAUGAAUCCUAAAAUUGCAGAUUUCGGAAUGGCCAGGAUUUUUGGAUUGGACCAAACCGAGGAGAACACAAACAGAAUAGUUGGUACCUAUGGUUACAUGUCUCCAGAGUAUGCAAUGCAUGGACAGUACUCAAUGAAAUCAGAUGUCUAUAGCUUCGGAGUGUUAGUUCUUGAGAUUAUAAGUGGCAAGAAGAAUAGCAGUUUCUACCAAACAGACGGCGCUCAUGACUUGGUCUCAUAUGCUUGGAAGCUCUGGAGUAACGGGACACCAUUAGAACUCGUGGAUCCAACUAUUGCAGAUAAUUUCCAAAAGAGUGAAGUUGUUCGAUGUGUCCAUAUCGGUCUUUUAUGUGUUCAAGAAGAUCCUGUUGAGCGUCCAACAUUGUCAAACAUUGUUCUGAUGCUCACUAGUAACACUAUGACUUUAUCCGUGCCUAGGCAACCAGGUCUCUUCUUUCAGAGUAGACUUGGAAAAGACCCGCUUGAUACAUUUUCAACGACCAGGUCUCUUAUAGGGUCUGUUGAUGAUGCAACGAUCACAGAUUUAUAUCCUCGUUGAAGAUGAAUGAUUGCCUUCAUGCCUGACUCCUGAAUCUUUUGGUGUUGAAAAUAAUUUUAAGUGUUUUGUUGUAGAAUAUUUUCCGUGUAAUUGUACCACAAGCAUGCAUGAGAUAUAUACCAUUUACACGUUUCUUCUUGAA